AUGGGCAUGAAGCGGCAGACUUGCGAUUUAGCAAAGGAACGGCGUCGCGCGAGACGCAAAGAAACUGGGUUCCAACCGGACGCCUACCGAGAGGAUGAUGCCAUACGUGGUAAACAUAAACAUACUGACGAGUCCAAAGCCCUUCAUCUGCAGUACAUCGAGCUCUGGAUCGAGUUUUUGAUUGAAAGCGGAAGAGUAACUGAUGGUUAUGAGCUAGAAAAGGGAAUUCCGGCGCCCAAAAUUACUGAAAUCAAAGAAUUUAUUCGGUAG